AUGGUUUCAUUCAAGCUCCUAUCUCUCGCGGCGCUCGCCAGCGCGGUGACCGCCCAGAACGCAACCCUCCGGUACAUGCCCUUCGGCGACUCUAUCACAGAGAUCAUCUGCUGGCGCUCGAAGCUAUGGAACAAGCUGCAGAGCACCGAAUGGAAGAGCGUGGACUUCGUCGGCUCGGGGAAGACGGAGAACAACUGCAAGGACACCAAGUACGACCGCGACAACGAGGGCCACUCCGGGUUCCUGGCCAUCGACAUCGCGAACAAGAAGCAGCUCGACGGCUGGCUGCAGAAGAAUCCCGCAGACGUCAUCACCAUGCAUCUCGGCACCAACGACAUCGUGCAGCAGAACAAGGCGGUCGCGGAUAUCAUCAAGGCAUUCACUACCCUCGUUGGCACCAUGAGGACCAGCAACCCCAAGAUGAAGAUCGUCGUCGCCCAAAUCAUCCCCCUCGGCAUGGGAAACUAUAACAGCAAAAUCCAAGAGCUCAACAAGGCCAUCCCGACCUGGGCCCAAGGCCUCAACGCCACCGAGUCCCCCAUCUGGGUCGUCGACCAGUACACAGGGUUCUCCGGCUCGGCCGACAACCGCGAUGGCGUGCACCCCAACGACGCCGGCGACACCAAGAUGGCGAAUAUCUGGUACCCGGCCGUCGUGCGCGCGUUCGAGGCUGCUAAGGCGGAUAAGGUCGCUGCUGCUGCGGAGGCGGAGAAGAGGGAGGUUAAGUUCAUCGCGUAA